AUGAGCCACCACUACCUGGCCAUCUCUACCCUUCAUUCCUCUCCAGUGAACUGUGAUCAGGCCCACCAGGACCCCAUCUACCUGCCAGUGGCCCUGGAGCUCCUGGAUACCCCCGAACAUUUUCGCGUGCAGCGGGUAGGCCACUACCCACCUGCCAACUCUUCUCUGAGCUCACGAUCUGAGACCUUUCUGCUCCUGCAGCCCUGGCCCAGGGCCCAGCCACUUCUCCGGGCCUCCUACCCACCAUUUGCCACCCAGCAGGUGGUCCCUCCCCGUGUCACUGAGCCCCACCAACGGCCAGUGCCCUGGGACGUGCGGGCUGUUUCAGUGGAAGCGGCUGUGACUCCAGCAGAGCCCCAUGCCCGAGUCCUCUUCCACCUCAAAGGACAGGAUUGGCCUCCGGGGCCUGGCAGCCUGCCCUGUGCCCGGCUAUAUGCCACCCACCCUGCAGGCACUGCCCACCGAGCCUGCCGCUUCCAGCCAUCCCUGGGCGCCUGCGUGGUGGAGCUGGAGUUCCCCUCGCCCUGGUUCUCCCAGGGCUCCACCACGCGGGCCGAGCUGGCCUACACGCUGGAGCCUGCCGCCGAGGGUCCUGGGGGCUGUGGCCCUGGCGGGGAGGAAGACCCUGGGGAGCAGGCCCUCCCGGUGGGCAGUGUGGAGCUGCACUCAGCAAACCCCCCGCAGUACCAAGAGGUACCCCUGGAUGACGCAGUGACUCUGCGGGCGCCUGACGUGCCAGUGCGGCCCGGCCAGCUUUUUAGUGCCACCCUCUUGCUCCGACACAACUUCACCGCCAGCCUCCUGACCCUGAGGAUCAAGGUGAAGAAGGGACUGCAUGUAACAGCAGCCCGCCCCGCCCAGCCCACCCUCUGGACCGCCAAGCUGGACCGCUUCAAGGGUUCGAAACACCAUACUACCCUGAUCACCUGCCACCGUGCAGGGCGCACAGAACUGGAUUCUAGCAGUCCCCUUGAACUGUCUGAGUUCCUAUGGGUGGAUUUCAUGGUGGAGAAUGGCACUGGCGGAGGUGUGGCUGUCACCCGACCUGUAACUUGGCAGCUAGAAUACCCAGGCCAGGCGCCGGAAGCCGAGAAGGACAAAAUGGUAUGGGAAAUCCUCGUGUCCGAGCGUGACAUAAGAGCCCUUGUGCCCCUGGCUAAGGCCGAGGAGCUGGUGAACAUCGCACCCCUGACCGGGGUGCCUCGACGUGUCCCUGUGCGCCUCGUCACUGUAGAUGCUGGGGGGGCCUUGGAGGAAGUGACGGAACAUGUCGGUUGUGAGUCAGCCAACACGCAGGUCCUGCAGGUAUCUGAGGCCUGCGAUGCCGUGUUUGUGGCUGGUAAGGAGAGCCGGGGUGCCAAGGGGGUGCGAGUGGACUUCUGGUGGCGCCGGCUCCGGGCCUCACUGCGCAUGACGGUGUGGGCCCCGCUGCUGCCCCUGCGUAUCGAGCUGACGGACACCACCCUGGAGCAGAUCCGUGGCUGGAGGGUCCCAGGCCCAGCUGAAGGGGCCUCUGAGCCCGAGGCCGGGGGAGCUGAGGAGGUGGAGCAGCGCGCCCGCAGCUGCCGCCUGCAGUACCAGCGCGCAGGCGUGCGCUUCCUGGUGCCCUUUGUGGCCCACCCAUUGGAUGGUGGCCGCCGCCUCACCCACCUGCUCGGCCCUGAUUGGCUGUUGGAUGUGACCCAUCUCGUGGCGCCCCAGGCCCGCGUGCAAGACCCUCGGGUAGCCUUCCUGGAGGGAGGCCACACGGUGGUGGGCCGCGAACCUGGUGUCACCUCCAUAGAGGUGCGUUCUCCACUCUCCGGUUCCAUUCUGGGGGAGCAGGCACUGGCUGUGACGGAUGACAAGGUCUCGGUGCUGGAGCUGCGGGCACAGCCCGUGACGGGCAUCUCACUGGCCCUGAGCCGGGGCACUGCCCACCCUGGGGAGGUGACAGCCACGUGCUGGGCACAGCCAGCCCCUCCCGCCCCGAAGCAGGAGGUGGCCCUUUCCUUAUGGCUGUCCUUCUCUGAUCACACCUUGGCUCCAGCCGAGCUCUACGAUCGCAGUGAUCUGGGCCUGACCGUCUCAGCUGAGGAACCCACUGCUGUCCUGCCGGCCAAGGAGCAGGGUGCCCAGCUUGGGGUGCUGGUGAGUGGGGCCAGUGCCGAGGGACUGCCCUUACAAGUCUCUCUGUACCCACCUGAGCCCUGCCGCCGAGGCCGCCACCGUGUGCCCCUGGCUUCUGGCACUGCCUGGUUGGGGCUCCCCCCUGCCCCCACCCCGGUCCCUGCCCUCCCAUCCGAUCCUGCCUUGAGUUCACUCGCGACGGAGGCCAGCGUUGGGGGCAGGCGGCUGGUGGGGGGCAGCGUGGGGGGCAACGUGGGGGUGAGGGGCAAAUUUGAACAAGCAGAGGAAAAAAUCAGAAAGGAGGAGACAGAGGUCAGAGAGGAAGAAGAGGAGGAGGAAGAGGAAGAGAUGGUGCCAGCCCCUCAACGUGUCACCGACCUCGAGCUGGGCAUGUAUGCCCUGCUGGGCAUUUUCUGUCUGGCCAUCCUGAUCUUCCUGGUCAACGGCGUGGUCUUCGUGCUACGCUAUCAGCGUAAAGAGCCUCCGGACAGCUCGGCGAACCCCGCCUCCCCCCAGCCCCACAACUGGGUGUGGCUGGGUACCGACCAGGAGGAACUGAGUCGCCAGCUGGACCGGCGGCCCCCUGGGCUGCCCAAGGGGGAGGGGGGCUGCCCCUGUGAAAAUGGAGCAGGAGGGGAGACCCCAACUUCCGUCUCCAACCCUCCUGGGGACGCUCCUGGUUCCUCCAGCACCCUGGCCCGGAAGGAAGCCGGGGGGCGUCGGAAGCGGGUGGAGUUUGUGACGUUUGCACCAGCGCCCCCAGCCCAGCAGCCCGAGGAGCCCGUGGGGGCCCCAGCCGUGCAGUCCAUCCUGGUGGCGGGCGAGGAGGACAUCCGCUGGGUGUGCGAGGACAUGGGGUUGAAGGACCCUGAGGACCUUCGUAACUACAUGGAGAGGAUCCGGGGCAGCUCCUGACCCGUCGGAUCCAGCAUGACUGCUCACCAGCCACGGGCAGCAGGGGUGGGUGAGGAGGGUCCCGCUGAGCCUCCCCUACCUGGCCCUCCAUGCUCUACUUUUGGUGCUCGUUGAUCCACAUC